UUCCACGAAAAUCCAAGUUACAGAUGAUAUUAUUGGAUAUAUAUAGGCUUAAUUAAAUUUUACAUAGCCGUAAUAGAUAAAGAUGUUAUGGAGGACAAUUCCACGCCCUGUAAGAAGACGCCUACUUGGCAAAACUGUGUCCACUGUCCGAGUCUUGUGUUCAAUACGACUACGGAAUUCGAAAGGCACAUACAGGACAAACACAGUAUUAAAGAGGGGUCAAUCAUUCUGUGUCAAUAUGGUCAGAACGGAAUAUGUUCAGCGCUUCAGUUUGGUGACUUGCGCAAAGCAGGUUUCAAAUAUCAUGUAAGGGAGUACCAUUUAUAUGCAAAAGACUUGUCUGGUGAUUGGAACUUCUACUCUUCCUCCCAAAAUUUACCAGCAGUAUUGAAUGACCCCAACAGAGGUAAACAAAGCAACUUUUUCACUAAAACUUGGGGUGACAGCUUCGUGGAUAAAAUAGAAAUAUAUCCUAGUCCAUAUUUGCCUGAAAUUACAUUACUUCAUUUUGAAGCAUACUGCAAGAAAUUUUCUAAACGAUAUAGAAGACAUUGUCGGUUAAAAGAUAGUACACCUGUCAAAACAAGAACACCUGUUAUUGAAAAUGUAUGUGAAGUACCUGAUAUUUUUUAUGAACAGCCGCUUCCACUCAAUACACCUGAAGUCUUUAGCAAAGUAUUCCCAAAUCUAUGCGAUUCUCAAGAACCCAGUGUUGCCAUAAGGUCCCUGCAAGAAACGCUUAGUACUUACCUUGAUGUGAUAGAAAUGAAAAUAUCUAAACAGGUAGCUCAGAAGUCUGAUGCAUUUUUUCAUGCAAUGUUGUCUCAUGAUACAAUUAUGGAGCAAAUGGCAAGAGCUGUGAAAACUGUCAGAGAAACAAGGCAAGGUAUAAUGCAGGUAAAAGAAAAUUUGACAGAAAGCCCCUUAAAAUUGGUGAGUUUGACAAGAAUUAAUCAGAACCUUGGCAAUGUACAUGAACUUCUCAAGUUAAUGGGCACUGUUCAGCAGACUCAACCCAUGAUACAACUUCUCUUGAGCACAUCUGAUUAUGUGGCUGCUCUGGAUCUGAUAAGCUCCACACAGAAAGUACUGUCCACUCGCCUCUCAGGUAUUCAAGCCUUCCGACAUCUAUCCCCUCAACUGACUGAAAUGAAAAGGCUCAUACAUAAGAUGUUGAGCAAUGAAUUCCAAAGAUUUAUUGUUGCUGAUCUUAACAGACCACCAAAAGACCAAACUGAUAUUCCAGAAAGAGAUAAAAUUGUUUCCAUUGUUUCUGGCAUACUUCGAUUGAAAGAAUUUGACUUUAUUGACACUUUUAAAAUAGAGGCUAUGACUUCAAUACAAGCAACUAUAAAACAGAGUGUGAUAGAAAUAAUUUCUGAAAGAGAUGGACACACUGAAAUUGUGCUAAGAGGAACAAAUGCAGACAACACAUGGCUACUGUGCAAUGAAGGCAUUACAUUUCUUCAAAAAGUUUCACCAAAUUUGAUUAACCUGUUCAGAAGAAUUUUAUCUUUACAUAACUUAAUUUUAGAAAUUAGUCAAAUGGAUGAUGUGACCGGCUCAGAAAGUGAGGAAGUGUGGACUCAAGUUGAACUGUUGUCAGUGGAAGAAAAGCUUAAAAAGAUGGUAGUAUCCCUUUCAGACUACUGCAACGAAAGAUGUGCCAAUCUUAUUGUGACCAAGACUGAAAAGGAUCAUGUAUUUUCUGACCUAGCACAGCUUUCUAAAUUAUCAGAAUUGAUAGAGACUUUCUCUAAUGAAUGUGAAAAAAUAACAAACCACAGCAGUAAUGCACUAAGAUUAGCUCUGAGAAGUUUUGCAAUGAAGAACAUACAAAGCUUCCAUUCAGAAAGAAGAUCUCAACUUACAGCUACCCUUAAUACAGAAAGAUGGAAAACUGCAGACGUUCCCUAUGAUCUGCAAAGUGUAAUAAACAAAAUAUGUGAAGAUGGAGAAAUACCCAAUACUUUGCAAUUUGAAACUGGAAGGCCUGAUGCUAAAUUUUUGGUAAUAAACAAAGAGAAUUAUGCCGUUGUUACUACUGUGCAGCUUCUGAUUAAGAUUUUGCUGGAAUAUAGUGAUGCAACUAAACAAUCACCUGUUAUUGUACAGUAUUUAGUCCACUGCAUGUUAGAAUUGAUAAGACUGUUCAACUCUCGGUGUUGUCAGCUAGUGCUGGGUGCGGGAGCGAUACAAAGCGCUGGCUUGAAGACAAUCUCAACUUCGAAUUUGGCACUAGUGUCUAGAUCACUGCAGGUCAUUCUUUGGCUGUUGCCACUUAUAAGACGUCACUUAGAUAAACUACAUUCUAAAGAUUUAUCUCUCAAUGGUUUUGGUAACAUUGAAAGUGAUAUAAUUAGCCAUAAGCAAGAAAUAGAGAAUAAAAUUUGCCUCAUAGUAAGUAACAUGCUUUGUUCACAGUUGACAGGGUGGGAUGCUAAGCCACCUGUUCCAUCUCAGACAUUCCGAAAUAUUUCUAAGCAUUUAGUGAAAUUACAUGAAGCACUGAUAGAUAUUUUGCCCCAUGAACAAAUAAAAACCAUUUAUAAAAGAGUACAUGAUAACUUUAAAGACAAACUAAGAGAGCAACUAAUAAAGAUGAAUAUAGUAGCAAAUGGCAGUCCCCAACAUGGUGUAGUGACAUCAGAGUUAACUUUUUACCUGCAAACUCUCAAGACUCUUAGGAUUAUCAAUGAAAAUGAUCCUGAGGAUAAUAUUCUUUAUGAUAUUUGGUUAAAUUAAUCCACAAUUGUUUUAAAAUAGUUUUAAUUGUUACCAUACAAUUUGUAUUUAAUGAUUUCCUUAGAUAAGCCAAAGAUUUUUUGGUUAGUAAAUUGUUUUUUAAUGUUUAGUAUUCUAAAGGGAAGAACUUACUACAUACUAUCUUUUUGUAGUGAUUCAGUAUUUUUUUUUUUUUUCAAAAUUUUAAUGGUGCUUGAUCUACAACAAUUAUUCAAAAUUGAUAUGACAGUCUUAUCUUCAGACAAAAUAUGUAUGUAUUUUUGUCAAUAUUGACAAGUUAUGGGUGAACAAGCAUUAUCUCAAAUCUUUGAAAAGUGUGCAUUAUAUUGUAACAAAUUAAUUGUAAAUAAUUUAUUAUUUUGCUAAGCUAAAAUCACUAGUCCAGGGUAUUUGCCCAUUGCUGGUGUCAUCACGUAAACCAAUUUUUGUUAGGUAAAAAUACAUUAACCUGGAAUUUGUUUAAUAUCUAUGCAUACAUUAGUGUUUUUGCAAUGUCUCCGAAUGUAGACUUAAUUUAUGUACAUUGCGAUGAUAAAAUGAAGAAUAAAGCACUCAAUGACAACAUUUCCUUAUUUAUUAUAGAUUAAAAAUAUGAUAGCAUUAAUUUAAGAUUAAUGUUAGGUCUAAUUAACAACCAGCCUGCAGUUUUUGUAAACAAAAAUAUUGGUAGCUUGUCUAGGAGUAUAUAGCACUUUACAUAUUAAUAAAUCGACUCAUCCGUAGAACAAAGGUCUAUGUGCAAGACUACUUGUUCUCAGAACAUAGUACAUUUCGUUCGUUCUUCUUCGGUGUGGAUGUCAGAUCGACUGUUGUUCGAUUUUAUAUUUCCGUAACGAAAUAAGAUAUAUAAAUUAUCAAAACACCUAUCCAUAUAGGCCUUAGUAUGAAUAAUGAAACUAUUCUCGUAACUUACGUAUUCUCUUUUCGCUAUAUAAUCACAUCGGACUCUGUUCUUCGGAUGAGUCGAAAUUAACAGAGGUCUCCGCCAUCCCUACUGUACACAUAUUUUGAAAUCUACAAGGCUCUUCUCUUU